AUGGCGAGGUAUUUAGUCACUUUAGGGGGUGGAAAUCCAGACGAAGGGGGCAUCAUGUUGGGUGGCUCUAGAUUCACGUUCUUGUUCUACUCGAUUGUAAUGUUCCUCGCAGUCAUGUCAGUGCUCAUAUUUGCUUGUGGUCAUGAACCAGACAAUGAUGACAAACCUAAGAAGAAAAGCGUUGACAAACCUAAAAAGAAAAGCAGCAGAAGUAGCUCUGGUUGGGGUGGCGGUGGAGGUGGGGCCGGAGGUCCUAUUUUUUGGGGUGCUGGUGCUGGAGUAGGCGCUGGUUGCCGUGGUGGCGGUGCUGGCUGCGGUGGUGGUGGUGGCGGCGGUUGUGGCGGCGGCGGUUGUGGUGGUGGCGGUGGUGGAGAGAGACAAACACCUCCAACAUGGGAUUUUCCAGAGAUUCAUGAUUCUUCUGCAUAUUGA